UAUCAUGCCAAAGUGAUACUCGUAAAGCAUUUAUUUUACUUUCUUUCACCGGGAACGGGAUCUCGGGACCGGGUUGAUCAAAGAAAAGGCAAUUGAGGGCUACGCUCGGCAAGAAACCCGGUUUGCUGCAGUGGUGCAGCCUAUACCUGCAGCCACUGCGCUACUGAAUAUGCGCUGCUGAAUAAUGUACAAGGGGUCUACAGUACUGUAUCAAGACAGAAGGUGCGGCGGUCACCAAUUGCAGGUGCCCACCUACAGUACUCGAGUACUGCGCCCUCACUCACCCCCGGCUCCCGCUAUGGAAGGGGAAAGGACAAGACGCGUACUCGAGUACGGAGUACUCUUAGGCUACUCUUACUCGAGACUCUUGACCGUAUCUAGCAUCCAGAAAGUUCCGACAUUGUAGAUAGCAAUGAAUUCUUUCCAUUCUCUCAACUUCCUUCUCUCCUCUUGAGUCUUCUCUCGCUCUCCGCCAUGUGGAAAUCCCCUUUCCUUGGCCAAGUCCAGACGCUGAUUGUCAAAAAUGUAUUAAUUGCCCUUCGUCGCCAUCCUAUUUCCACGACCAUACGAGCCUUUCUGCUGCCAAUCGCCUUUGUCAUCUUUCUCAGCUAUGCCCGCAAUCUGUUUAUUCCUCCCUCCAACUUUGGAAUUGGAUCACCGAGCGAAGUACGGUCCUUGGGUGAAGGGUUGGAUGCUGCCACAGGUGGACGACAUACCGUCGCAUUUGUUGAUAAUGGUCGAGGAGGUGGAGAUAUUGGACAAGUCAUUGACUUGGUUGCGCAACAAGUGACGGCUGCGGGAAAGGAUGUGGUGCGAUUGCAGAACGAGGUACAACUUCUGGACGCAUGCCGAAGUAGUUUAAGAGGUGCUACCUCGUGUUACGGAGGCGUUGUUUUUGAGUCCUCUCCUACCCAGGGAACUGGUGGCAUUUGGAACUACACACUAAGGUUGGACACCCUUACUAUUUACACCCAUUCCGAUGCUAACUCAAUCCAGAGCCGAUGGCGCAUUUGGUUCAAGAAUAGAUGUCGAAAAAACUACCAACGACGUUCAAAUAUUCCUCCUUCCCUUGCAGCGAGCUGUAGAUCAUGCCAUUCUCACCAUCAAUGCGUCUACCGCAGCUGUGCCUCUGCCGAACAAUAUCUCGGAAUACCCUUUUACGAGCAUCACUCAGGAGCAAAGAAAUAUCAAUAUCCGUGUGAAUUACCAAGGCGCAAUCAUUAAUAUACUAGCCAUCGCGUUUUUGAUAGCAAUGGUUGGUGUGAGCUACCAUCUCACGGGAUUUAUUGCCUCGGAGCGAGAAUUGGGAAUAUCUCAACUCAUUGAAGCAAUGAUGCCCAAUAAAAAGAGAUGGCAACCCCAAGUGGCACAAAUCUUAGCCUACCACUUUUCUUUUGAUCUCAUAUACCUUCCAGGUUGGAUCAUCAGUGGAAUUGUAAUUGGUUUGGGCGUCUUUGCUGAAACUUCCAUGGCGAUCAUCAUCAUUUAUCAUAUCCUCGCGGGUUUCGCUCUCACCAGUUUUUCAAUUCUUGGUGCUUCUUUUUUUAAGAAAGCACAGCUCAGUGGCAUCUCGGUUGCUUUGGCAACAUUAUUACUAGGAGUUUUGGCUCAGGUAAUUGAUGCUCAAGAUUCCGGAACCGUUGCUGUUCUAAGUUUAUUGUUUACGCCCUGCAAUUACGUAUUCUUCCUAAUAUUCAUCGCUCGAUAUGAACGCCAGAAAAUGGCUACGGACCUGAUUCAUUCUGCCCCACAAAAUCCAUGGGAGCUUCCUGGAAUUGCUUUGUGGGUUUUCAUAAUUCUUCAAAUAUUUUUGUAUCCAUUGAUUGGAGCUUGGGUAUCAAGAAUUCUAUAUGGAACAGCCUCCAAGGGAAGAAUUGUCGAGAUUGACAAUCAGGAUUCUCAUAUGGCUGCUAGAAACGAGACGGUCAGUUUGCAAGAUUUCAGCAAACAUUAUCCAACCCCAUGGUUGCGUCGAAGAUUCAUGCGCAACCCAAAGCCUACUGCAGUGGCAGUCAAUGGCUUGAAUUUGAGUGCAAGACAAGGUGAGAUUUGCGUAUUGCUAGGAGCGAAUGGUAGUGGUAAAAGCACCACACUCGACUCUAUUGCUGGUUUAAAUACCGUCACAAGUGGGACUAUUACUGUCAAUGGUAAAGGUGGUCUAGGGAUUGCGCCACAGAAGAACGUACUCUGGGAUGAGGUUACUGUGGAGGAGCAUGUUCGCAUCUUCAAUCAUCUCAAGUCGCCGCUCCAGCACGAUUCGAAAGAAGCACUAAAGAAACUUGUGGAAGCGGUUGAUCUCGAUCGAAAGGUUUCAGCAAAGUCAAAGACACUUUCAGGUAAGUCACUUUCUUUGGAAUUUUUGGUUGACAAGCUGGAAAGAAAUUACUGGGAUGUUUUAUAAGUCUUGGGGCGAUAUAUUUUAUUGUCUUAAGAUUUCUCGGGCAACCCCAUAAUUUGGUUACACUUUAUUUAAUGAUCCUCCCUCUAUGAAACUUUUCAAAAAUGUUACGAGGCUUUGCUGUCACUCUAAGUACACCCAACAGAAAAUAUGGUUAUCCCAAAGGGCAUGCACAAUCGAAUUAGUCGUGCGAGCCGUUCAGGGUAAUCGAGUUUUGUUGCAAGUGUACUAGAACGGCUACUUGAAAGAGCAGUUAAGAACCUUACUUGCUGGAAACUGUACGCAGAUUGAUGGCGAGGUCUCUCACUUCUUUCAUUCCGAGGAGCAACACGCUAAUUAUAAACCUCCGGCAACAGGUGGCCAGAAAAGGAAACUUCAACUUGCAAUAAUGUUUACAGGAGGCAGUGCCGUCUGUUGUAUUGAUGAAGUCUCAUCUGGUCUAGAUCCACUCUCACGACGUAAAAUAUGGGAUAUCCUCCUCGCUGAGAGGGGGUCCCGCACUCUAAUUUUGACAACUCAUUUUCUUGAUGAAGCCGAUUUACUAGCAGACAAAAUGUUUAUUCUCUCCAAGGGUACGCUACGAGCACAGGGUACAUCUGUUGAGCUGAAAGAAAAGCUUGGUGGUGGUUAUCGAAUUCAUCUCCAUCUACCUCCUGGUCAAACAUCACCACACAUCAAAGGCGUGGAGAGAUUUGAUACUUUUGGUCAGGCCACUUAUACCGCUUCAACUUCAGGUGAGGCUGCACUUAUUAUCAAAUGUCUGGAUAAACAUGGUCUUUCGGAAUACGAACUGUCCGGUCCCACAAUUGAGGAUGUAUUCCUUCAACUUGCUGAUGAGGCGAAAUCACCGCUCGGCACGGUGGCAGAGAAAGCACCCUCAGAGACUACAGAAGGAACGGAAGAAAGAGUAGGGGGACCAGAGAUUGCUCCAACUUCUCUUGACACUUUAGGCCUAUAUACUGGCAAAAGAAUCAGUCCAUUCCGCCAAUGCUGGGUGCUAUUCAGAAAGAGAUACACGAUUUUAAAGAGGAAUUAUCUUCCUUAUAUAUGUGCUUUUCUCCUACCAGUCACCGCAGCGGGACUCGUCACCUUAUUUUUGAAGGAUUUCAGGGCUGUUGGAUGUUCACCAGUCGACAGAUCUAGAGGAUCGGAUGUCGAAAGUCUCUCAACAAUUUCAAGACUCAUUGUGGUCUUAGGUCCUUCAUCCAAGGUUUCUCUCGCGUCGGCAAGAGCUUUAUUUCAGCGGCAGCUUCCUGGUCCUCUACCCCCGGAUUCAGACCUUGGAAGACUUAUUCAGAUAGUGGAUACGUUCGACCAGUUUAAUAAUUACAUUAAUACGAACUUUACAUUUGUCCGACCAGCUGGGGUUUGGCUUGGAGACAAUACAUCUCCCCCUACAGUUGCAUAUCUAGGAGAUCGGAACAUUUACUUUGGGAUGUUCGGAUUGAAUAUCCUGGACAGUUUAUUGACCAACGUCAGUAUCUCAACUCAAUACGCAGAGUUCGAUAUCCCCUGGGUGCCUGGAACAGGAAAAUCUCUUCAACUCGUCGUCUAUUUUGGUCUCGCAUUAGCUGUAUACCCGGGAUUCUUUGCUUUAUACCCAACCAUUGAGCGGAUUCGAAACAUCCGAGAUCUCGAGUAUUCAAAUGGCGUUAGGUCGUUGCCUCUCUGGCUCGCACAUCUGGGGUUUGAUUUCAUCUUCGUGCUUGUUUCCAGCGCUGUGAGUCUGAUUAUUUUUGCCGUCGAUUCGUCGGCUUGGUACCAUGAUGGGUAUUUGUUCUUGAUCUUUGCGCUUUAUGGUAUGGCUUCUAUCUUGCUCGCAUACGUGGUGUCGUUGUUCGCCCGAACUACACUUUCUUCAUUUGCUUUCGCGGUUGCUAGUCAGGCCGUGUUGUUGUUAAUAUACUUGAUCGGGUACCUUGUUACCAUAACUUAUGCAGUAAGACACCCAAAUCCCUUUAAUUAAAAGCAUUCUGACACUAUACAGCCAAUCAACCGAAUAGACGAUCUUCUCCUGGUAGUAAACUUUGUCGUCUCAAUUGUCAUGCCAAUAGGCAACGUAGUAAGAGCCCUAUUCAUCGCACUAAACCUCUUCUCCACAACCUGCUCCGGUCGCGAACUUUCCACCACCCCAGGCGGAAUCCUCCAAUACGGAGGACCAAUCUUAUACCUCAUAAUACAAAUCCUCUUCCUCUUCGCCAUCCUCCUCUGGUACGAUUCCGGCUCCAUCCUAGCAUGGUACCGUCGUGUCCGUGGAUCUCCACCCGUGGAACCCGUACAAACAAUAGCGCUCGAAGAACAAGCCGAUGAAUUGGAAAGGAUAAGCAGUACCAACGACGGCCUCCGUGUUCUCGGCCUCACGAAAUCAUUCGGUCGCAUGACCGCCGUUGAGAACCUGAAUUUCGGCAUCAAACGCGGAGAGGUAUUCGCAUUACUAGGACCCAACGGCGCAGGCAAAUCCACAACCAUCUCCUUAAUCCGAGGCGACAUCCAGCCCUCCAAGAACGGAGGCAAGGUCUUUGUAAGUAACAUCGACAUCAGCGCCCAACGCGCCAAAGCCCGCGCACAACUAGGCGUCUGUCCCCAAUUCGACGCCACGGACGUGAUGACCACGCGAGAACACCUGCAAUUCUACGGUCGUGUAAGGGGAGUACAACACGUCGAAUCCAACGUCUCGGCAGUCCUCAAAGCCGUCGGCUUAAUCCCCUUCGCCUCCCGCAUGGCCUCCCAGCUCUCCGGCGGCAACAAACGUAAACUCUCCCUCGGAAUAGCCCUCAUUGGGAACCCCUCGGUCCUCCUCCUCGACGAGCCAUCCUCGGGCAUGGACGCCGCUGCGAAGCGACAGAUGUGGUCAAUCCUCUCGUCGGUGGUCCCGGGCCGCUCGCUGCUUCUCACGACCCAUUCGAUGGAGGAGGCGGAUGCACUGGCUACACGCGCGGGCAUCAUGGCGAAGCGGAUGUUGGCGGUUGGUACGACGGGGUUCUUGAGGAGGACGCAUGGGGGACGUUUGUUUGUGCAUCUUGUGCUGGGGAGUGCGCCGCAUACUGGGGGGGAGGAGAUUGAGGGGGUGAGGAGGUGGAUUGGGGGCGUGUUGGGGGGGGCGGAGGUGGAGGUGGAGGAGAGGACGUUUCAUGGGCAGGUGAGGUUUUCGGUUUGUGAGGGUGAGCGAAGCGAGCGAAGCGAGUCCGUAUUGGAGUCGAUGAACACUCCGAAUCUGGAUCAGGAUCUGGAUGGAGAUUAUAUCCACAACUCUACCUCCACCUCCACCUCCCCCUCCACCUCCAACCCUCCACUUCCAACCAACAACGAAAAACCAUCCGACUCCGAAACGGGCCGUGGAUGGACGAUAGGUUCCCUCAUCACCUUUCUAGAAGAUCACAGUGCGCGGAUGGGAAUCCGGUAUUAUGCUGUGAGUAGGACGACCCUCGAUCAGGUUUUCUUGGGCAUUGUGGGAGGGCAUGGGGUUGAGGAGGAGGGGUAUGUUGGGAAGAGGGGGGGGGUGGAGGGAUGGUGGGUUGGGUGA